AUGGCAGAGGAGAAGAAGCUGAUUAAACACAUUAUUUGUUGUGCGAAGGAGGAAGACGUUGCGCCGGCAAAGAAGUUCGCCGAAGAGCAAGGAGGAGUCAUUGACACAUCCUAUAAGUCCAAGAACAUGUUCUUUGUUGAUAUGCCUGCGGACUUAGUAACCACAUUAAGCGACUGCCCGCACAUCGAAUCUGCUGAGCUGGAUCAAGAGGUUCGCAUCUGCAGUCAAUAA